AUGGGAAAAGUAAUCAGAGAUCUAAUCGGAGUAAUCAAAGACAAGGCCUCAGCAUCAAAGGCAACCAUAAUCUCCAAACCAAACACCCUCUCUCUCCGCCUCUCAGUCCUACGCGCCACCACCCACUCCCCCUCCACGCCGCCGGACGAAAAGCACCUCGCCGCGCUCCUAACCCUGGGCGACUCCUCACGCGCCACCGCCUCCGCCCUCAUCGUGUCCCUCAUGGACCGACUCCGCCGCACCGGCACCGCCGCCGUGGCCCUCAAGUGCCUCCUUACCAUCCACCACGUCAUCAGGCGGGGCCCGUUUAUCCUACAGGACCAACUUUCCGUGUUUCCCGCCGCCGGUGGCCGGAAUUAUCUUAAUCUCUCUGGGUUUCGCGACGGCGCCACCCCGGCCACGUGGGUCCUCUCUGCUUGGGUCAGGUGGUAUGCUCGUUACCUAGAAACCCUUUUGUCCACCUCAAGAGUUCUUGGAUUCUUCCUCUGCUCAACUUCAACCACAUUAGAAAAAGACAAUCAAGACGACAGACUCUCGUCGUAUCUCAACCUAGAUUUGAUUCGAGAUGUCCAUUCUUUGGUUGCGCUGAUCGAAGAGACGUGCGACGCGCCCGAUUCCCUCCUCGUCGAAGGCAACAAGAUAUUGUACGAGGUCACGGGUUUGGUGGGCGGCGACCAUCUCUCGGCGGUCAACGAGAUCUUGUCACGACUUGGCGAGUUGAGCCAGAGACUGAGUUGUUUGAGUUUCGACGAGUCGGUCGAGUUGACGCGUGGGUUGAAGAGGUUAGAGGAUUGUAGGGAGCGAGUGGAAGUUUUGUUUAGUGUAAAGAAGCCUUUGGUUGAGGGUUUGUGGGGUUUGGUGGGAGAGUUGAAAAAUGGGGUUGGGAUGGUUAAUGUGUGUAGAGAGGGUGGGAAGUUAGUGAGUGAGGGGAGGAGAGAGCAGGGGAGCGAGUCGGCUCGGUUUGUUGACCGAGUUGUGGAGCGUGGCGACUCGGUUCGAUUUUCUUCGGCGAGGUUUGGGUUUAACAAGUUGUCUUUGAUGGUUUUCGAUUCCGUUGAAAGAACCGCUUGAUUGUGAAAGUAGUUUCAAUGUUUUCGUAAGAGUGUUGUACGUGGUGUGAGUUUUGCUUCAUACCUUUAGUAGAAAUAUAUUGGAGGAGAUUUUCAGCGAUUUUAAUCCAAGUAAUGAACGGUCCAGAUCAAUAGGAGCUCAGAUUAAAUCCAAGUCGUCUGGAUCGGCUUUGUAGUGUGGUUGUGCACCGUAGGAUUUUCAAAUUCUUUUUGGAAAAUGUAAUUGUACAUAAAAUGUAAUUGAUCGAAAUUUUUUACUUUUUA